CCCCCCGCCAUCCCCCUGUUUGGAGGUGAACACACAGCAGGUGCAGCAACAGAACGAUGACACAAGAGACGGCGACAGCAGAUCAGGACGUCUUCUGGGACACUUCUGAGAACGUCAAACAGGAGAAGAAGAAGCCUUCAAGGAAGUCAGAGGGGAAGACCGCCAAAGAGAAGAAGAAUGAAGAGAAACCGGAACAUGAAAACCGAAAGGAAAAAGCCAAGAAAGGCGACAAUGAGAAAAAAGAGAAAACGGACAACAAAGAGGAACCAAAGAAAAGGAAGGAAAAGAAGAGCAAGGCAAGCAAGAAGUCCCAAUCUGCACCCCAAAAGGAGGAUGAGCUCUCUGGUGUUGUCGGUGUUAAAAUGGAGCUUGAAGAUGAAGAUUUUACAUCUGUAGAGAAGCCGGGGAAAAAAGGGAAGAAGAGAGCGAUGGAAGAAGCUGAAGACACUAGGUCGAAGAAGAAGAAGAAAAUAAAGAUCGAGGAUGAUAAAGAGGAGCCGGGGAAGGAGAAGCCGGAUGAAAAGGUUUGA